AUGGAGCGCUCCCCAGAGAUUGGCAACGUCGGUCGUCAAUUAAUGCCUCUCCUCGAAGAUAUGGUUUCCAAGGCGGUCAGCAAAGCCCUCAAGAAUAAAUUCGAAGACAACGCAGACGAACUUAGCCACUCUCUCACACAACAAAUGUCGCAAGUCCUUUCAGGAUUUAAAGAUACUGUCCUUGGAGCAGUCGAAAAGGUCACAAGAGAGGUAAACGAGCUGAAGGAAUCGAGAGACGUGCAAAUGAACGGCGUAUCACCUGCCCCGCCAGGCUUCACAUACGCGCAAGCACUCUCCCAAUCCCCCCAAGCUGAAUCUCCACUCUACUCCCGCCAGGAUCUCAUGAUCACCCUCCAUCAGAUUGACCCUAGGAAACCAGUCCUAGCAGAGGCAAACUGUAGACCACUCUCAAUCAAGAAGGCAAUGGACGACUCCAUCAAAAACACAGUCGGCGACCAAUUGGACAUCGAGAGCAACUACAUCACGUCAGCUAAACGUCUUCCUACCCACACGAUCAAACUCCAAGCUCAAAACAAAGACGCCGCUGAGAAAUUAAAGAAAGACCCCAGAUGGGUUCCGCAAGGACUACGUCUGCACGCAACAACUCACGAAGUUGCUGUCCUGAGAGUACCUGUGUUGACCAACCAAGAACCAAUGGAUAUAGCGCACGAAAUCAUGAGAGACAACGAAUUCCUCUUACAAGACCAAAUUGUCUACGCAAAAUGGGCGAAAAGACAAGCACACAAGCAAAACAAAAAUGGCUGUCAACAUAGGGCUAUCUCUCAAUGCUGA